AUGUCCAAGACUUAUUUCGUUUCAGGCGCUAACAGAGGCAUUGGCUUCUCAUUCGUCAAAGAAUUGAGCUCAGACUCCACCAACACCGUCAUUGCGACUGCUAGAAACGUGGAAACGGCGGCAGAGUUGAAAUCGUGGGCGGACGCUCACUCGAAUGUCAAGCUCGUGCAAUUGGAUGUCGCAUCUGCGGAAAGUGUGCAAGCGGCCGCGAAGACUACGCAGGAAAUUACCCCAAAGGGGAUCGAUGUCCUGAUUUCUAACGCAGGUAUUGCCAAGUCUUCUGAUCCAGUCUUGGGCCUAUCGGACGAUCUUUAUCUCGAGCAUUUUGUCGUAAACACCUUGGGCCCAAUAAGACUGAUCAGGGCUUUCAAGUCGCUUCUUGACAAAAAGGCGACGAAGGAAGUUCUUGCCAUUACUUCUAUUGUUGGAUCUGUGGGUACGGUAAUGCCUCUUUCUACCUCAGGCUACGGUUUGUCAAAGGCCGGUCUCAACUAUGCUUUCAGACAAUUGCAGCAAGAGCUGUCGCCAGAGGGAUACAGUUUUGCCCUAGUCCACCCUGGUUUGGUUGGAAGCGACAUGGGCAACGAGUUUGUAGAGGGCUUGGACCCUGAUGUUCGUGAGCAAUUCCUCAACACUCUGCCACUUAUCACCCCAGAUCAGUCCGCCUCUGCUAUCAAUAAAAAUGUCCUGCAAGAACUUAAGUCCAAGAACUUUGGCAAGUUCUUGAGUUAUGACGGCUCAGAACUCGUUUGGUAG